AUGGAAUUCUGUCGCUACAACAUGGCCGAAGAGUCGCCAGAUUACAAAGCUCUUUAUCUGAAGGAACAACGUAGGCGCGAGGAGGCGGAACACAGGCGCGAGGAGGAACAACGCAGACGUGAGGAGGAACAACGCAGACGUGAGGAGGAACAACGCAGACGUGAGGAGGAACAACGCAGACGUGAGGAGGAACAACGCAGGCGUGAAGCGGCAGAGAACGCCCAGAAAGAAGCGGAAGCAGCACGGGGGGAAGAACAGCACAGGCGCGAGGAGGCGGAUCACAGACGCGAGGAGGCGGAUCACAGACGCGAGGAGGCAGAGCAAGCUCAGGAGAGGGCCGUAGAGCAGACGCGCAAGACAGCCCUUCCCGAGUUCCUCCAUGCCUGCCACACCCAUCUCCACUCCGGCCUCACCGUCCAGACCGACCCGACCCUAUCCACGCAAGGCAAUCCUGCCAAUGCAAACAACAAGCUUCGCCCGGAAAGGGUGGUCCUAUGGACCGACUUCCCAGCACGACAGACCACCAUCUGGAACGAUCUGAUGGAGUCCGGCUUCGCGUCCGAACGGCACUUCACGUCGCUGCACACACUCGAGGAGACGGGCGAGGCUGUGCGGCGGCGGAUGAUGAGCUCGGAGCUGGACCUGAACGUCUUCCAGCGGCACACCGUCGAAGACCAGGUAUCGCUGAUUAUCCAGGGCAUGCACGGCGACCGACGACUGCGGCGCAAGUUUGGACUGCAGGGCUCGGUGAACUUUGAGAACCACGCCAACACGCUCAGCCCGGAGUCGCAGCUGGAAGAGGGCAUGGAGCAGCUGACGAUGUCGGGGACCGGGCGACGGCGGUCACCACGCCUGCAGGCUAAAGCAAAAGAGACACGGCCGUCGGGCUCGACAGAUACGGCAGAAGCGGAGGACGCUGGUCCCAGAAGCACAGCGAGCUCGUCGCGUCCUCGGGCCGACCAGUUCUGCGUAUACAACACGGGCACAACUCGAAGCGCUCAGGAUCGAGUCGCAGCCUUCAUCCUGGAGUACAAGGCGCCGCACAAGCUCCCGCUCGGCUACAUCUACGAGGGUCUAGGCGAGAUGGAACUCGACGAGGUAGUGCAGUGCCGUGAUGACGAGACGCUGAGAGACCGCUUUCGCCGGCUGGUCGCCGCGGUCAUCACCCAGGCCUUCUCCUACAUGGUCCGGAUCGGAGUAGAGUACGGGUGCGUGUGCACGGGCGAAGCGUACAUCUUCCUGCGGGUGGGGGACGACCCUCGGACAGUGCACUACUUCCUCUCGGUGCCAAAGGGCGACGUGGGAGAGACGACGGGGUGGACAGCCGGCUCGGAGGGUGCGAACCGCUUGCACCUAACCGCGGUGGGCCAGAUGCUGGCCUUUACCCUCCAGGCACUGAAGACACCGCCGCGGUCGCAGCGAUGGCGGGCUGAGGCAGCGGAGCAACUGCGCAGCUGGGAGGUGGUGUACGACGAGCUGCUGGACGCGAUCCCCGAAGGCACGACGCAGUCAUCGGAGUACCAGCCUCCAGAGGACAACAGCUUUCUUCGCAUGUCGCCCGUGCAGCUGCGCGGCGGAAGAGCGAAGCACAGCUCGCCCAGCUGCCGGCAAGCGGAGCAGCGACACGAGGCCAGCGACGACGAGCCAGAGUCAGAGCCUGAUCCAGACACGCCGAGCCGACAGCAGUCGUUGUCGAAGCGCUUCUCGCGCAUGCAAAACAUAGGCGCUAGCUCAUCAAGCGGUCACAAGCGCGGGCGCAAGCGCGGCCAGAGAGCAGAGGACGGGCAAUACUGCACGCAGGAAUGCUUGCGCGGGCUUGCAGAUGGCGGCGUGCUCGACAGACGUUGUCCCAACGCUCGACACCACGGGGACAGAUACCAUCAGAUUGACCGGCCAGCCUUCCUUGACCUCAUGCGUCGACAGCUCGCGGAUGACUUGGACACGGAUUGCAGUCCCGUGAGCCUGCCGGGAGCGUGUGGCGUGCUCUUCCGCGUCCGUCUGCGAUCGCACGGAUACGUCGUGGCGGCCAAGUGCACGCCCGCCUACUUCGCCCACCGCCUGCGAUGGGAGGCGUCUGUCUACGAGCGGCUUCAGCCCAUCCAGGGCAUCCACGUGCCGGUGCACCUGGGGAACAUCGACCUCGAGACACCCUACUUCUACGAAGGCAUCGCCGACCUUGUGCACAUGAUGUUCCUCAGCUUCGGAGGCCGUCUCGUCGGCCAACACCUCACGGCGGAGAACAAGGCAUCGGUCAGCGAGCAGGUGAGGCUGUCGGCCGACGCCAUCCACGGGCUGGGCGUGCUGCACAAGGACCUGAUGCCUCGCAACAUACUGUGGAACGAGGAGACUGGGCACGUGAUGGUGAUCGACUUCGAGCGAGCAGAGAUGGAGCAACGGACCGUACUAGGUGCUAUGUCGGCCAACCGCAAGAGGAAGAAGCUGGCAGGAAGCUCGGUCAAGUCAGGGCAAAGCAAACCUCCUGCAUGCACACUGGAGAUACGGCGGGCGAUGUUUGAGCUGAGCGGCAUUGCACAGUCGAUUCGAUGUGGGUGA